ACCUACCAAAUGAGUUGCAGACGGUAGAAACCUAAACUACGGUAGUAUUUCUCUUUAGCUCUUUCCGGCCGCCGCCCGCCGCCCAACUCCCAACCGUUGUCUCCUUGUCGGAGUAACUCAAUACCGCCGGUCACUCGGCUCCGGGAACGACUCAACAUUUCUAACUCCAUUGCAGGGCGGGGAACCCUCCUGGCCUGCCUCAGGGACGGGCCUGAUCUAUUAAUAUAUUAGUUCGGAUGUUAAUUGAAUGAGCGGUUUUAUUGUAGCAGAGUAUUAGACAGGAGAUUUUUGAUAUUGCACAAAGGAUCAAGAUGUCUUCUAUAAGAAAUGCAAUCUCGAAAAGAGCAUAUAAGGAGCGAUCGCAACCGGAUUCAAGGAAAAAGUUUGGGAUCCUUGAAAAGAAAAAGGACUAUGACAUCCGUGCAAAAGAAUACCACAAAAAGGAGGAUACAUUACGGAGACUCAAAGAAAAGGCGGCGAAUAGGAACCCUGAUGAAUUUUAUUUUGGCAUGAUCAGAUCUAACACAAUUAAUGGAGUUCAUAGACCAGAGAGCGAGGCAAACAAGCAUACACCAGAAGAACUUUUGUUGAUGAAGACACAAGACCGAGGAUAUGUGCUUCAGAAAAUUCUAAGUGAAAAAAAGAAAGUGGAAAAGCUUAGAGCUGUGCUUCAUUCUUCAGAUAAUCGACCCUCGAGCAAACACGUUUAUUUUGCAGAAGACAGUGAAGAGGCGAAAGAGAUACAAUCAAAAUCCUCAAGGGAUGGAGAGCUUCGUACAUCAGGGUCUGUACCUUCUGCUAUCAUGAGGAAGAUGAAAGCUUCCUACAAGGAGUUGGAGGCAAGAGAGAAAAGAGUUGAAGAUUUGGAGAGAGUCUAUGCAGAGAUGGCCUUGCAGAAAGAGCUACAGAAGAAGGGUAGGAAACGCAAGCUACGGGAAGAUGAGAUUGUUUCUCCCACCGGUAGGCCAGUUUACAAGUGGCGGGCAGAACGUAAACGAUAAAAAUACCAAGUAUUUUAUAAUAUAUGGUUUGUAAUGUUAACAAAUAAUGUUCAGGUCAUUUAUUCUAGUUUUAGUUAAUGUUAAUCAACUAAUAACUUUGGUAAUAUGUAAGAAUGUAGACUUUGGGCUAUUUAAGAAUGCAAGACCAGGCUUGCUUAAAUGUU